AUGGAAAAAAUCGAGUAUCGAGCUGUCAUUAAAUAUUUGUUUUUGAAAGGCAAUACGCCUACGCAAAUCAAAGCUGAAUUUAAACGUGGCCGUACAAGCUUGGGAGACGAUGAAGGUUCGGGACGUCCAAAAACUGGAACCACUGACGAUAACCAAAUGGUCCCAAACGACCGUCGAAUUAAAGUGAGAGAUACAGCAGAUGCUAUGAAUAUGUCAAAAGAACGUGUUUGUCACAUAUGGAAUGAAGAUUUAGGUAUGAAAAAGCUGCCCGCGCGUUGGGUGCCGCGUUUGCUCACGUUAGACCAAAUACGUGAUCGAAUGAACAUUUCCAACGCUCUGUUGGCGAGACUUAAGUGCAAUAAGUCAGAAUUUUGGCGAAGAGUAAUGGCUGUUGAUGAAACUUAG